GAAGUUCAGUGAUGGAGGAUUGCACACUGGAAGACCAACUUCUCCUUUAUGCUAAAGAGGGCAAUUGUCCUCAAGUUCAGAGGCUCCUUCAGUCGAGGAUCCACCAAAACAGCUCUCUCAACAUCAACUGCAGAUCUAGUUCUAAAACCUGCUCAGGAUGGACACCUCUUCAUUUGGCCUGCAGCUUUGGACACAGAGAUGUUGUUGAGGAGUUACUGAAGGCAGGGGCUGAUGUGAAUUUGCAGAAUAACUUGGGUGACACACCUCUGCAUAAAGCAGCAUAUGCUGGACGAAAGGAGAUUGUUCUGUUGCUUUUGCGUUUUGAUGCCUGUGCCAGCAUAAUCAAUGGAACAGCUCAAAUCCCUAAAGAUGUUACAGAGGACGAUGAAAUCAUUACCAUGCUUGAGGCUGCAGAGAGGAGAGAGGCAAGGCGGCAUGAGGAGAAGCUUCUGGAAGCAGCCAGAGAGGGGGAUAUAUCCACUCUGUCUAAAUUGUUCACUGGGAAAGAGGCUCCAGAUAUCCACUGCAAGGAUUCAGUGGGCAACACACCUUUACACUGUGCAGCCUACAGGGGGCAGAAGCAGUGCGUUAUAAAGCUGCUCAAGUGUGGAGCCGACCCUAGUAUCAAGAACAACAAUGAUCAGACUGCAUUGGACCUGGUGUGCACUGAUGAACUGAAACAGAUUCUUGCAGCGUAUAAAAAUAAGGAUGUGAACAGUCGGGUGCAGAAGAUUGAAGGACCUCUUUGGAAGAGUUCACGCUUUCUCGGAUGGCGAUCCCACUGGGUUAUAAUUGAGAAUGGAACUGUCUCCUGGUACCCUAGAGAAGCUGAUGCACGGGCUGGUGUUAGAAAACAGGGCUUUAAGUCUCUUUCACAGGCCUACUGCAUGGUCAAACCGUGGGAUCAUUGCUUCUUCACACUCAGGUGCUUUGAUGACACUGUGCAUUAUUUUAAGAUCCCCUCACAGACAAAUGCAGUGGCGACAAGAAAAAGAUGGCUGGAUGCUUUUGAGGAACAUGCAUCCUACAGCACUCGCCACUACGCUGAAGAACAGAUUAUCGAUGAUGCUGUCAAUGAUGUAUCAGUGAGGAACCUUAAACACUCUCUUCAGGCAGCCCGGGCCUGCCAGCAGAAGUUGGAGAGUGAAGUGUCAAUAUUUUUAUCCAUGGUGAAGAAUGAAGAGAAUUAUGGAUUGGCUGGACCUCUUCUACUGAAAGCAAAAGAGACAAGUGAACUUUCCAGCGUUACAUGUGCUGCACUCCAUCUCUGUCUUGAACUGCUGUCCAAACAAGAGGAGGUGUGGAGCCUGAAAGUAGAGCAGGAGGUGGAGAAGAACAAAGCUCUGACAGAAGCCUUGGAGACUUUGGCAACUGAGCACCAUGAACUCAAGCAGUCCUUGAGUAAGAGGAGGAGAUCAUCUACCCUCAGUACCCUCACUGAAGAUGACUUCUAUGAUGCUGUAUCAGAGUCUGAGUCGGAGCACUCGUUGAGCGGCUUCCUGUCUGUGGCCAGUCACUCCUGCGAAGAGGACGAGGGGAGAGACAUCCCCUUUCUCAACACCCUCUGCCAUCCCAGCGCACACAGGGGGCCUUCCAGAAUGUCAGGGGAGGGUAACUGUGGCAACCAGCCAGCCCAGUACAAUGGAGUUAAGCACAGAACAGCUCUACCGGCUCCCAUGUUCUCCAGGAAUGACGUGAGCAUCUGGAGUAUCCUGAAAAAAUGCAUUGGCAUGGAGUUAUCAAAGAUUGCCAUGCCUGUGGUAUUUAAUGAGCCUCUGAGCUUCAUCCAGCGGCUAACAGAGUACAUGGAGCACACCUACCUCAUCCACCAGGCAAAUGCCACAACAGACUCUGUUGAGAGGAUGAAGUGUGUUGCAGCAUUUGCUGUGUCAGCUGUAGCAUCACAGUGGGAGAGAACUGGGAAGCCCUUUAACCCACUCCUCGGGGAGACCUAUGAGCUAAUCAGAGAGGAUUUGGACUUUAGGUGGGUGUCGGAGCAAGUAAGCCAUCACCCUCCGAUAAGUGCCUUUCACGCUGAGGGCCUCAAGGAGGAUUUUGUCUUUCAUGGUUCCAUCUACCCCAAACUCAAGUUUUGGGGAAAGAGCAUAGAAGCUGAGCCCAAGGGAGUAAUCACACUGGAGUUGCCCAAAUAUAAUGAAGCCUACACCUGGACAAACCCCACCUGUUGUGUCCACAAUAUCAUUGUUGGCCAGCUUUGGAUUGAGCAGUAUGGCAACGUGGAAGUGAUCAAUCACAAAACUGGAGAGAGAUGCAGCAUGACGUUUAAGCCCUGUGGUCUCUUUGGAAAAGAGCUGCAUAAAGUUGAGGGAUACAUCCUAGAUAAAAGCAAAAAGAAGCUCUGUGCAAUAUAUGGCAAAUGGACUGAAUGCCUUUACACAGUAGACCCUGCUACCUUUGAUGCACACAAAAAGACUGAAAAAAAGAAUCCAGAUGAAAAAAAGGGCAACAAGCAGACCAGUGUUGAUGAGGAGCCAGAAGAGAUGCCUCCACCUGAUACUGAGACAGUGCAGGUCAUCCCAGGCAGUGACCUCAUCUGGAAAAUAACGCCACGGCCAGCCAACUCAGCCAAGUUCUAUGCAUUCUCAACAUUCGCCAUGCAGCUAAACGAGCUAGACAAGAUCAUGGAGGGAGUCAUUCCUUCCACAGACAGUCGUUUCAGACCUGACAUUCGCGCCAUGGAGAAUGGAGACAUAGAUCUGGCGAGUGCAGAGAAGAAGAGACUCGAGGAAAAACAGAGGAUGGCCCGAAAGAAUCGCACAAAAUCAACAGAGGAAUGGAAAGUGAGGUGGUUUCAGCAAGGACCCAACCCACACAACAAAGCUCAGGACUGGAUCUACUUGAAAGGCUACUGGGAUAGGAAUUACCCUCAGCUGCCUGACAUUUACUAACAAGUUAAAAAAAACAAAAAAAGUUACAUGCAUACAAACUGUAUGAAUUUCCAUUUUACCUCCUUUGGACUUCAUUUGCUAUACUGGGGGUUGUGCUCCCAGCGUAAGCAACAAUGUAAUAGAGUGUAGAACAACAGAUAAUGUGUUGGUGUUUGGUUUAAGGAAAAAAAAAAUCUUCAGGCAGUGAAAAACUGAAUGAACCCGGAGAUGUAUAAUCCUCAGUAGAUCUGUGUGAGUAAUAAAGCACAAUGCUGUCUUUUGCUUAUUUAUUUUGGUUCUUCUUGACCACUCAAGGUAUUGGCAUGUCCUGGAAAAAAAAAAAUAGAAUGUAUUUUUAGAAUGAUUUCAUGUUAGAUAGAUGGAGUGUUCAAAUAGCAACCUCAGUUGUGCUGUCUGUAGUUUGUGUAUAAUUCAUAUUUGGUCAUGAAAACAUUUUGCUCAUCGGCAUCAGCAGCUAGGAUGCAGAGUGCGAUGGUUGUUAAACUCAGCUUUGGCACUGAUUGACACUUGUGCAUGCAUACUGUUAUGCAGUGCAAAGUAUUAAAAUAGAUCAUUUUGGUACAUCUGCCUCUGUUUUCACUUCCUGUUAUGAGUGGAGCAGAUAUUUAGUGAUUAAUUGAAUGUUGCUAGGCUUCUACAGUCAAGUGAAAAUCUGUCUGGCUGUUUAUAAUAGUAUAUAGAGCAUUUAACAAGAAUGAUGGCCACGACUAUGAUAGUAAGACUUGUGUUUUAAUAAUAAAUGGUAAAAUAUCCUAAAACCCCAUACUAUGUACUGUAUAGAUGUGUAUAGCAAUUAACAGCAUUGUGGAUGUCUACCUGAUUCUGUAGACAGCACUUUUUUUCUAACUACUGAAACUACUACUACUAAAAAGUGUUGAUAUAGAUUAGAAUAAUUGGUGAUAGUCUUAGUACUAUGUGCAUUGAUGUAACUAAAAUACAACUAUUUCAAAUGCAUGUGCAUCACUACAACUAUGCAAGCCUUACCUCCUAUACAAUUAAGCACAGAAUAUCCAUUCUCUCAUGUAACAAUAGCUGCUACAUGUAUACGUUUUAGUUGUGUCAUCACUCUUUUGGUUAUUUAAACAGAAUUUCUAUUGUUGCUAAAUAAAAGCUUAAUGUAAACUGAAAA